AUGUCGUACUUCGAAGGCGUAAACUCUCGGUCUGUUCUUUGGACGGACAUUGUCUUUCUUGCUUUAGUGUGCCGACCAUUUUGGGACGAGGCGAGGUGCAAAGGUUCGUACCAAACUGGGCUGCGAGAUGAGGAAUUUAUGAGACAGUUCUACGGAGAAGUCGAGGAUCUUGCACACAACAUUAUUGUAUAA